UCUCUUCAGAUCUCUUCCGCCUUCUACACUUUCUGCAUCCUUGCACACUUGCUUUGAUGAACUGAACUAGUGAGAGGAUAAGAGGUUUUUACCCUCAAUAACGGCAUGAAAAACAAAACAACUGACUUAAGAAUGAAGACAAUCAUCUUGUUUGGUUUGGUGCUGGGAGCGCUUUCUGCUGCAGACAAAGUUUAUAUCACAGACGUUGGGGGCAAAGUCACCCUACAGUGUGGCGUCAGCAGCUUCAAACACAUGGUGGAGUGGAAUCGUGAUGAUACACGAAUAAUCAGAGUCCAAAGAAAUGGUUUAUCUAGCAAAGGAGAAACUCCAUUUAAAGACAGGACAAAGUCAUUAAAAGACACAGACAUAGAAAUCUCCAAAAUACAGGAAAGCGAUUCUGGAACGUUUACUUGUGUUGCAGAUGGUUCACGUAAUGAACACCUUCUGAUCGUAGUUUCAGUCUCUGUUGUUCCCUCUGGUACUCUGAAGGUUGGCGCUGACGCUACUCUGGAGUGUAAAACAAAUCCUGGAGUGUCACUUCAACCCAAACCUAAUGUCGAGUGGCAGAAACCCGAUGGUUCAGUUGAGACCAAACCCAAAGUUGAGCUCAAACAUGUUGCGUCAUCAGAUAAAGGGACUUGGACGUGUCUAGUGUCCCAUGAAGGGGAGACAUUUACUAAAAGUGUAACCAUCAAUGUAGAAGAACAUGUUGAGACAACAACUCCUCCUACAAUAGUUGAAAAUUCAAAAUCCUCAAAUUUAGGAAAUGGGGAGAACUCCACUGGUGGCGUCAGAGGAUUUGGGCACCCAAUAAUGCUGCUGGGCCUGGUUUGGUGGAUUUGGGUUGCAAUCGGAGCUGGAGGCCUGGUAGUGAUCAUCCUGAUCAUCGUCAUCAUUGUCGUGCACAAGAGGAACAGAAGGAAGAAGAAGAAAUUUCUGAGGAUGCAGAAAGCCCAACUGUCUCAGAAACCAAAGAAGUACUGCCAGUGUGUGCGCCAAACAGCUGCAGCAAAGCCGCGGCAAGGACGCCGGCGAGAGAAGCCGUCAGCCCUGCCGCUUCAACCUCUGCUGCAGAAGUGACAUGAAAGAGGGAGGAAGGAGAGAUAAAGAGAUGGAGAUAAAGAGAAGGAGUGAACAGCAGAGGGUGAAUGUGGCAUGAAUGUAAAUGAGCGUCUGAAUGAAAGUAUAAUCAAAUGUAACGAUGUCAGCACUUUGAGCUUUUUCAGCAAAUACUGUAUAGGAGGUGGUCAUUGUAAUUUUAGCUUUAACGGGGUUUUUUUUUAAUGCUCUUAGUGUAGCUCGACAUGCUAGUGAUAGCCACCAUGCUAACGUUAGCAUCUUAGCUAAAAUGAGCAAAUUUGAGCUCAUUUUGAUAUAAAAGAACAAGCUAAUUGUUUUAAAGCUGCAGUAUUCAAAUUUUAUUUUAAAAAAAGAAGUUUUACUUGCUAAGACUACAACCAUGUUGUAACGAGAUGAAAUAAUCGUUGAAAAGAUCGAUAUUCUCCACCUCCUCCCUGGACUAAUAUUGCCAUCUGAAGGAAUGCACCACUCCUGACCAACAAUAACCGAUCAGAGCCAGGAGGCGGGUCUCAGCGAUGUCAAUCAUUCUCAUGUACUCAAUGUGCUAAAGGGGGAGAAACAACUUUACGUUACAGGAAAACCGUUUAUACGUCGUCAUCAGUGGCUAUGCUAACUAGUCUCGCAUUCACAACAGGCUUUGCUAGCUGCAGUACAGCAGAAAGCAAGGGGAGGUGAAUAAUGUCACAUGGAGGAUGAUUGACAGCACUAAGACCCGCCUCCUGGCUCUGAUUGGUUGUUUCUAGAUAUCAGUAGGAGGAAGCAAAAGAGUUUGUUUUUUUUCAUAGAUUUCCAGUCUUAGAUUAUACUGUCACAACAAUGUGACAGUUUCAACAAAUAUGUUAAAAAAUAUAUUUUUUAUGAGUUACAUACUGCUGCUGGAAAGUUGAGACUUUUUUCCAACCUUAACCUUUUUUGUUUCUGUUUCCUCCAACUUAAGAAGUUGCAAGAUAAACCUGUGAACAUUUCUUUAUUAGUGCUUCAAGGUAACAUAUUUUAUCAUUUGAUAUGUGCUUGUUCAUUUGUAAACUUAUUGCCCUUUCUCAUUGCUGGUUGUAAAUAAAGAUAUUGAAGAUUU